CCCCCCCCCCAACCCCCCUGAUCCAAUACAAAAUUCAGGGCACGCAGCAGGCGCCUCCAAAAGAGAUCCGCCCUGAUAGAUGGAUCCCCCACGCUGCAUCGUCGUCAGCCCAAUCAUUGCCUCAUUUGUUCCCUUCCUCCUCCUCCUCCUCGUCUCCUCCUCCGUCGUCAUCCCGGCCUCGGCUGGAGGCGGCGGCGGCAGCAACGGCACGGCGGCGCCGUUCCGGUCGGCCGAGGAGCUGCUCCGGUUCCAGAGGAUCAAGGCCCGGCUCGCCAGGACCAGGGACGCCUCCGUCAAGACCAUCCAGAGCCCGGAUGGCGAUGUCAUCGACUGCGUGCCGACGCACCUGCAGCCCGCGUUCGAGCAUCCCAAGCUCAGGGGGCACAAGCCAGAGAGAGAACCUGCGGAGAGGCCGAGGAGCAGCAGUGGUCGCGUCGACGCCGAUGAUCGAGACGAAGAGGAGGCAUUGCCGCAGGUGUGGCGGCGCUCCGGCGAGUCGUGUCCGGAUGGGACGAUACCGGUGCGGCGGACCACGGAGGCCGACGUGCUCCGGGCCAGCUCCGUCGGCCGGUUCGGGAUGAAGGCCCGGGGCGGCGGUGGCUUCGCGCGGCGCGACUCCACCGGCGGCGGCCAUGAGCACGCGGUGGGGUACGUGUCAGGGGGCCAGUUCUACGGCGCCAAGGCGAGCCUGAACGUGUGGCCGGCGCAGGUGGCGUCGCCGGCGGAGUUCAGCCUCUCGCAGAUCUGGGUCAUCUCCGGCUCCUUCGGCAACGACCUCAACACCAUCGAGGCUGGCUGGCAGGUAAGCCCUCAGCUGUACGGUGACAACAACCCAAGGUUCUUCACGUACUGGACAGACGACGCGUACCGGGAGACCGGCUGCUACAACCUGCACUGCUCGGGCUUCGUGCAGACGAGCAGCCGCGUGGCCAUCGGCGCCGCCAUCUCGCCGAUCUCGUCCUACGGCGCCCGGCAGUUCGACAUCACCGUGCUCAUCUGGAAGGACCCGCGGCAGGGCCACUGGUGGCUGCAGCUCGGCUCCGGCGCGCUCAUCGGCUACUGGCCGUCCUCGCUGUUCACGCACCUGGGCGCCCGCGCCGACAUGGUGCAGUUCGGCGGCGAGGUCGUGAACGCGCGGCCGGCCGGCGCGCCGCACACGCCCACGCAGAUGGGGUCAGGGCGCUUCCCCGGGGAAGGGUACGCGCGCGCCGCCUACUUCCGCAACGUGCAGAUCGUCGACUGGGACAACAGCCUCGUGCCCGCCGCCGGGCUCCGGCUCCUCGCCGACCGGCCGGGGUGCUACGACAUCGCCGGCGGCAGCGGCGGCGCCUGGGGCACCUACUUCUACUACGGCGGGCCCGGCAGGAACGCACGGUGCCCGUAGGUUGCUACUAGCUAGGAACGGAACCGGAUGGGUGUUUCUUUACGUACGUGCUGAUCACUGAUCAAGAACAAAAGCAAAUAUAUGUGGCAAAAUUAAAGCUUUGAUUUUUCCCCCCUCUUCACCUGCCUCUCUACAUGAAUUAUAUAAUGCCAUCGUGAUGAAAUGUUCACAGAAUUUUGUUCAAUUGUUUUGCGCCAUAGUGUUGAAGCCCGACGCAAUUAAUUAACGAUGCAGCCGAAGCCCGUUAGAACGCUGGAAUUUCUCC